UGUAUCUACUUUUUAAUUUGGUCUUCCCAUAGGUACCAUUAAGACAAUUGUUUAGGAUGAGAGCUCUCUAAGAAUUCUUUUUUCAACUAUAGAACCUUUUCAUUUCAGAAGAUCCAUCAUCUAGCCAUUGAUGAGUAGCAUCUAUUAAUGUCCAUAGCCAUUCAAAUCAGGAAGCCUUUUUAUGGCUUAACCAAGGAUGCAAGAGGCAUCCCACAAGAUAGUAAAAGAUUCAGGCCAUACAAAAUCCAGAAAGUUCACUCCCAAAGAUUGUUUGAGAAAGUAAAGCCCUUUGUUGUUAUAGACUGUAAGAAUGGUGUGGUGAAAACAGCAUCUGUUUUCCCACAAGAACACGGGACACCUCCAGUCCCAGACCCACUAAUCUGACGCCCGGCAGGCACUACUAGAACGGGGCUUUUCCAGCACUAACAAAACAACAGAGGUUGAGAUGACAAAAGCCCCUUAUGGACUGGGACCCCUCAUAACAGACUCCCCUGAGAGCUGGCACAGUCAGAUGAAAAGAGUGCUGCUUGUGACUCAGAACCCUAUUUGACUGGUCACCAAGAUGCAUACUGGAACAUGCAUCUUCUGGCUGGCAGAGACAAGAGAGCAUGUUCUCAACCUCUCAAGACAUAGAACAAGACAAAAGGAAAACCUCAUCUAGCUUUUUGUAUAUGUAUAUUAACAGCUUUAGCUAAGCCUUGGGUCUCUUGGAGCCAAACUAAUACUUAAGAGGGGUGUGCCACUGGGUUGGGGAUCGUGUGAUUUACAGAGUACCUGGCAUGGAAUUUUUUUUGAGGUUGGCAAGUGACCUAGUGUAAAUCUAACCUGUUCUGUGACCAACUUAUCCUAACACAGGAGACUUUGGAUUAGGUGGCCAGUGCUGUAACAGUUCUUAAAUACUUGACCCAUGCCCUCCAAUUUUGUGGCUUUGGCUUCCAAGAUGUUUCUUAGCAACAGCGUUUACCUCAUGUGUUCAUUAACCCACAGCAAAGUUUGUCUAAACAGACACCGGUCUGGUGAGAACCAUGAACUCAACCAAUCAGUGAGGCCGGCUCAAACAGCAGGCUUCUAGGGCCUAUGCCUGCGUUCUACCCCAUGGCCUUCCUUCUUAUGACAACACAACAGAGACAAAAACAGUGACCCUCUCUGGGAGGAAAAAGACCAAUAAAAAUCAGGAGUGCUCAGAUCUUUACCAGAGUUGCUGCACCCAAGGAACUAGUUCCACAAAUAUUUUUUCUUACUGAUCUAAAUUUAGAAAAGGAAAGAAAGGACUCUCACUACUCUCAUUUCCACUGGGCCCUGCAGGCAGAGAUUAAGAAGACUGACAUGGAAGGGUGGACAAGUCCUAUUUUCAGGAGAAGAUGACUUUUAACAGUUUUGAAGCAUCUAAACCUUGUGUACCUGCAGAUCUCAGUAAGGAUGAAGACUUUGUAGAAGAGUUUAAUAGAUUAAAGACUUUCACUAAUUUUCCAAGUAAUAGUCCUGUCUCGGCAUCAACGCUGGCACGAGCGGGUUUUCUGUAUACCGGCGAAGGAGACACUGUGCGCUGCUUCAGCUGCCACGCAGCAGUAGAUAGAUGGCAAUAUGGAGACUCAGCGGUUGGACGACACAGGAAAGUAUCCCCAAAUUGCAGAUUUAUCAAUGGCUUUUAUUUUGAAAAUCAUGCUGCGCAACCUACAAACCCUGGUAUCCAAAAUGGUCAGUAUAAAGCUGAAAGCUAUCUGGGAAACAGAAAUCAUUUUGUUGUAGAGAGGCCAUCUGAGACUCACGCAGACUAUCUUUUGAGAACUGGACAGGUCGUAGAUAUAUCAGACACCAUAUACCCGAGGAACCCCGCCAUGUAUAGUGAAGAAGCUAGAUUAAAGUCAUUUCAGAACUGGCCAGACUAUGCCCACCUGACCCCAAGAGAGUUAGCUAGCGCUGGACUCUACUACACAGGUAUUGAGGAUCAAGUGCAGUGCUUUUGUUGUGGCGGAAAACUGAAAAAUUGGGAACCUUGCGAUCGUGCAUGGUCAGAACACAGGCGGCACUUUCCUAAUUGCUUCUUUGUUUUGGGCCGGAAUGUGAAUGUUCGAAGUGAAUCUGAUGUGAGUUCUGAUAGGAAUUUCCCAAACUCGACAAAUGCUCCAAGAAAUCCAGCCAUGGCAGAUUAUGAAGCACGGAUCGUUACUUUUGGGACGUGGAUGUACUCCGUUAACAAGGAGCAGCUUGCAAGAGCUGGAUUUUAUGCUUUAGGGGAAGGUGAUAAAGUAAAAUGCUUUCACUGUGGAGGAGGGCUAACUGAUUGGAAGCCCAGUGAAGACCCUUGGGAACAACAUGCUAAGUGGUAUCCAGGGUGUAAAUAUCUGUUAGAAGAGAAGGGACAAGACUAUGUAACCAAUAUUCAUUUAACCCAUUCACUUGAGGACUCUAUGGUAAGAACUGCUGAAAAAAUGCCAUCAUUAACCAAAAGAAUUGAUGAUGCCAUCUUCCAAGAUCCUAUGGUACAGCAAGCUAUACGAAUGGGAUUCAAUUUCAGAGACAUUAAGAAAGUAAUGGAAGAAAAAAUUCAGACAUCUGGGAGCAACUAUAAAUCACUUGAGAUUCUGGUUACAGACCUAGUGAGUGCUCAGAAAGACAAUACACAGGAUGAACCAAGCCAGACCUCAUUGCAGAAAGAGAUUAGUGCCGAAGAGCAGCUAAGGCUCCUGCAAGAGGAGAAGCUUUGCAAAAUCUGUAUGGAUAGAAAUAUUGCUGUGGUUUUUAUUCCUUGUGGACAUCUGGUCACUUGUAAACAAUGUGCUGAAGCAGUUGACAAAUGUCCCAUGUGCUACACAAUCAUUACUUUCAAGCAAAAAAUUUUUAUGUCUUAAUCUAACUCUACAGUUAGGCGCAUUAUGUUCUUCUCAUUACCCUGAUUGAGUGUGUGAUGUGAACCGACUUUAAGUAAUCAGCAUUGAAUGCCAUUAACAUUUGCUACCAAGUAGACAAAAUGUAAAGUACGCUGCUCUAGUUUGUAAUCUAAAAUAUGAAUUUCUGGAUUGGAUUUGGGGGAGAUAUUAGCUAUGUUAUAUAUCUUAUUUUUUUUACUGUUAUUUAAUUGAAAGCUAGGCUAAGCAUCAUAUUGUAACUGACUGCAGUGUGUAUUUGUAGUACACUAACUUGGUUUCUAAGUGUAAGUGAAUUAAUCAACUGAAUUUCUCAUUCUUUUCAUAUAGGCUUAACAAAUGGAGCAUUCUGUGUAAACGUGGAGAUUAGAGUUAAUCUCCCCAAUCACAUAAUUUGUUUUGUGUGAAAAAGGAAUGAACUGUUCCACACUGGUGGAAAGAUAGAGAUUAUUUUUAGACGUUUGUCUUUGUGUUUUAGGAUUCUGUCCAUUCUCUUUUAAAAUUACACACACGUGCUUGGGUGGGUGAUUUUAAAAAAUGAUUUUGCCAUUGUCAAAAGGGUAUUUAAGGAUAGAAUAGCAUGUAGCCAACACGUACUGACAUGGAAAGAUGUCAGAGCUACAUUAAGUGUAAAAGGAAGUGGCAAAACACUAUGUAUAGAAUGAGCCAGAUGAAAGUGUGUGUGUUUUGUAUUUGUAUAGAACAAAAGAUUUGAAAAGAUGAUGCAUCAAAUUGUUAAUUGUGGUUUCUCUUGAUGGGAAGGGGUGGGUCCCGGGGGGGGGGGGUUUGCAGGGGCCUUUCACUUUCUUUUUUUUUUUUUUUUCAUUUUGUUCUGUUUGAAUUUUUUAUAAGUAUGUAUUACUUUUGUAAUCAGAAUUUUUAGAAAGUAUUUUACUGAUUUAAAGGCUUAGGCAUGUUCAAACGCCUGCAAAACUACUUAUUGCUCAGCUUUAGUUUUUCUAAUCCAGGAAGGCAGAGCAGUUAACCUUUUUGGUGCCAAUGUGAAAUUUAAAUGUUUUUAUGUUUUUUCCUGCUUUGUGGAUGAAAAAUAUUUCUGAGUGGUAGUUUUCUGACAGGUAGACCAUGUCUUCUUCUCUUGUUUCAAAAUAAAUAUUCCUGAUUUUGUAAAAUGAAAUAUAAAAUAUGUCUCAGAUCUUCCAAUUAAUUAGUAAGGAUUCAGCCUUAAUCCUUGCUAGUUUAAGCCUGCCUAAGUCACUUUACUAAAAGAUCUUUGUUAACCCAGUAUUUUAAACAUCUGUCAGCUUAUGUAGGAAAAAGUAGACGCAUGUUUGUACACUGCUUGUAGUUAGAGUGACAGCUUUCUGUGUUGAGGUUCCCAUAUCGUCUUGUAUCUUAAAGUUUCAUGUGCGUUUUUACUGUUAGGAUAAUUAAGAUGUAUAUAGGACAAAAUGUCAAGUCUUGACCUAAUUGUUUUCUUUUCUUGAUUAGUAAUAGUAGUGGAUACUUCCGAAAUGUUCUCUCAAGAUCCUUAAAAUCUCUUGGAAAUUGUAAAAUAUUGACAGGAAAGCGAGAAUACUUGCUUAAAUCUUAAAAUAAAACUUGAAUAGGAGUCAAUAGAGAUAAAAAAUGGAAGUUUAACAGUGCUUCCUAGAACACCCAGGGUUUUCUUAAUGGGAUUCUUAAACUGACCUGUCACAGAGGUGAGUGAGGCAUUUUACUGCAGAGAAACAUUUGAGAGUGAAAUUUCAAAGUUCUGUUUUCAUUGUAUAUUCUAAGAGAAAGAGUACCGUCAUGUUCUCCUAACCUCUGUCGAUGACAAUUUUCAGUGAUACUCAUUUAAGGCAUUGCGAAUUUCAGUGACAACUUUUUAAAUUAAAUACUGACUGCCCUGUUCUUGUUCUGUUGUGUAAGUUCCCACUUCUUUACCUUCUGCACAUCCUCUCAGGUGUAGUUAUAUACUCAUUAAGUUAAAUUUUACAUAUGUAGUCUAAGCUUGGGAUUUAAACGAUAAGGGGAGAAAAGUGUUAACGUGUUUUAAAUGCAUUUUCCAGAACGUGUCAGCUCCGAGGCAGGUAGUUAGUUCAAUCUAGUUGGCCAAGGACUGAAUUGUUUUAACAUAAGGCUUUUCCUGUUCUGGGAGCCUCAGUUCAUUUAAAACUCUUCUUUUUAAAACUUGUAUGUUUAGAGUUAAGAAAGACCUUUUUUUUUCUCCCCGUGAGCUGUGAAAUGUAAUGCAUGAAGCUGAUGUGGCUAACAAGUUUAUUUUAAGAAUUGUUUAGAAACGCUGUUGCUUCAGACCCUGAAAUCACUCCACACUCCAACUUCUAAUCAAAUUUUUUUAAAGACUUACCGAUGUUUGUGUUCUCACUAUAAAAAGCACUGGACCCUUUCCAUCCGGUUGUGCAAAAAAAAUGAUCACUCGCAAGGUCACAAAUACAACCAGAUCCAAAUCUGUGCCUCCCCUUUCCCAAAAUAGGUCUCCAUAUCUACAUGUAGACAUUCCUUUUCUGCUCUAGAGUCCACGCUAAAGAUUAAGAAGUCACCACCUAUUUUACUACAUUUCAGUCACGUGAAGAGUCAAGUUGUUCCGUGAUAAGUAGUUCUCUUUAUUCGUAAUAAUUUGGUGUGCUGAUCAAAAGCCUUGUUUCAGUUUUUGAAAAAUGGGUUUAAUGUUUAUAAAGUAAACUCCCAGUUUCUUAAUUAACGGUUUUGUAUUGCCUUCACUGCUAAAUUUGGAUUUUUUGGGUUUGUUUUCCCUUUUGACUAGGGGCUGAGGUGGGGUAGGGUGGGUGUGAUGGGUGUGCAUAAUAUGAUUUGGCCCUGCAUGUUAUGAUCUUGUUUUUGUUGUUACAUUAUUUAAAUCUUGGUGGUUCUGUUCCCGUUUUCAUUCUAGUGGAUAAAAUUGGAAUUUUGAACUCUCUGAAUGGAGACUGCCAUCACGCCAUUAGUUGCAUGUGUGGGACUCCUUAGGCCCAAAUCAUCGAUUUGUGUCCUGAUUACCCAGGUGCUGAAUAGGAGGGGGAAGGGGUGGAGGAACGGGAGAGCUAGGGUAGGCUUUUCAUUUCCCCUAGAGAAAUAAGAAAACGAGAGGGGAUAUUUGACAGAGGUAGUUAUUUUUAGCCAACUUUGCUGUAAAAAAGAGCUGGGCGCUGGGGUGGCUCAGGCAGUUAAGUGUCUGACUUUCAGUUUCGGCUCAGGUCGUGAUCUCACGGUUUGUGGGUUCGAGCCCCUCAUCGGGCUCUCCGCUGACCGUGUGGAACCCUGCUUGGGAUUCUCUGUCUCCCCCUCUCCCUGCCCCUUCCCUGCUUGCACUCUCUUCUGUCUCUCAAAAAUAAAUGAACAUUUUUUUUAAAGAUUAAAAAGAGCUAUUUCUUCACCUAUCUUACAAAAUUAUGAGAAUUCAGGGGAGACUGUGUAUGUAAAAUACCUGCUACAAAUGUUAAUUCCCUUCCUAGCACACCCUCGCCCAUCAUGGGCUUGCCUUGACUCUGGAAAUUUGGGCCACCGCUUAGAUGAUAACUCUUUCAGUGACUCUUAACUCCUCUUUUUUGGUGUUUCUCAUAGUUAAGAUGUAAAUUAUAAUAAAUAGGUCAAGUCCUUAAAAAUAUUUAAGUUCCUUUUUUAAAAAAUUUGAAAAAACUGUUCUUAUCAAAUUCAGGUGAGCUUUCCUAAUAGAAACAACUGGCUUAUUCCCACUUUCAUAAUCAGUUUCAGUUUGACUCUUGUACACUUAGCACAAUGUGAAUUUCAUUAGCGACCUAAUAGAAUCAUAGAGGGUCAGAGCUAGAAGUGACCUUAGAGAGUAUCUGAUUCAUCCCCCUCAUUUCACAGGUGAGGCAGCUGAGGCUCAAAAGUGAAGUGAUUUACUCAAAGCUGUAUAGCUAAUUAGUGGCAGCCCAGACUGGGACAUAGUUUGAAGGUGAAAAACUUCAAGUUACCUCUCCUGGGAGGUCUCAGAUGUUUAUUUUUUCAACUCUUCUUUCUUCUAUACCGUAGCUUUCACUACAUAUUAAAUGACACUUUAUGACUAAUACCAUAGGACAAUCUUAAAUACAUAUAUCUUCAAAUUGUACAAUACUACAUUAAUGUUUUGGGUGGUAAGAUUCUAUUUUGAUGACUAAUGUUUGCAGAUAUGCAUAUAGUUUUUUUUGGCAUUUACUACAUUCUUAUUGUGUAUCAUUAAUGUAACAUUUAAGAUUAUAUAAGUAUAUUUUGUCAUUUUCUCUAUGCUUAGUAACAAAUUUGCAUUUUCAAUUUGCUGUAAUAAAGGCUUUAAUGUAAUUUUUAUUAGAAGAUUUUGCAUUUUUUUCAUUACUGUUAUAUUUUAUCUAAUCUGACAGAAUGACAGGUUCUUAUGUCAUUGUAUUAGUGUUGUGAAUAAUCAUGUGAAAUGUUUUGAGAUAGAGUGCUAUAUUUGUGAAUAUAAUUUUAUGGCUUUUUUCAUUUAGUAGAAACCUUUCCAUCAGUAUGGGAAACUAAGAAAAUUGCUUUCCACUGUGUAAUCUGGCAGUCAUCAUAGAUUAAAGCUUAUUUUUCUGUGAAUAAAACUUAUUCAAUAAAGCACUAUUCUUUAAAAUGGUA